AUGUCGUUCUUUCAGAAGAUCCGGUCCAUCAUGGGUGGUUUCCUUCAACGCGGCACCUUCCCUGUGAUUUCUUUGGAUACUCUCUGCCUCCCACACAUACAAGGUGGACUUGGUAUCAUCGAUCCUAAGACGCAACAGGACGCUAUACAACUUAGUUGGUGUCAGCCUAUCGCCCGCGCUCCUCGGUCUCCACCUGGUUUGGUACCGUGCUGGAUGUCCGGCUUGCUACAGACUUCACUCCCUUCUCUUUCUCCCCUCUUUCCCUUUCUAUUUCCAAGCAUACGUCCUUAUGGAUGGCGGAAUAUUACCUCUACUCUGCACUUGGUCCUCGCUGCCAUCGACCGUCUGCCACACAACUUUGAUAAUGUAGUUCUCUCACUAUUGUCCCCGCCUUCCAAGCACGCUUCCUCCCGUCCUGGUAAGAUCCCUUGGUCUCCCAACUCUUCGCCUUUGACCUUUCCCUGGCGUCGUUGCGGUCAAUCUCCAUCACCAACCACCAUCGGCGCUCUCGUGUUAUUAACAAGUUCCUUGGUCGAGUUCAACUUAACACUCUUACGUUGCAUCCGAUCAUUGUUUGUGCUUGUUGUUCUCCUUGUGAAUUGGCCGAACAAUAUCCGCCCUUCCCCAUUCAAGACGGUGCAUCUAUUGACUUGUCCCCUUUCUUUUAUGCGCUUGUACCUUCUCAAACUUGGGCACGUCUUUCCACCCGUACUUUCCGCGGGCUGUGCUCCCACUAUCUCGUCUGUGGUCGCUAUUCUAAUCCUUCUCUUGGCUCUCACCAUUGACACAAAUUUUGGUCUUUUCCUCUUCCCCUUGUGGCUCACAACAUUUGGUUUUUUGGCCUCUACAACAAGAUUUCCUGCCGAGCCCGUCUUCACUCUUUGCUUCUUCUCGAUUUUCCUUCUCCUAUCUGCUCUAUUUGAUCCCUAUCCUCUGACUCCUAAGACCACUUCUUCUUCACUUGUCUUCUCAAAAACGAGUGAAAUACCUACCCCAACCGCACUAUACAACGCUUUUCGCUUCGUCUCUUUUCCCCCUUCCCUAAGCUCGUCCAUUCCCCCUUCUGCUGUCUUUGGAGGCACUUUUCUUGCUAUAUGGCGUCACCACUGGACUUUCAUCUUUGACGAUUCACCUUUUGUUCCUUCUGCUGCUGUUGAUAUGGCUCGCAGGACCUUAAACCGCAUAUGCCAAGAAUUUGACCUCGAUCCUCUCUUUUAA